AUGAUGCGCCUGCGCACGUCUCACAGCGUCGGCGCGCUGCUCUUGCUGCUGGCAGCGCGCGGCACCCCGAGCGCCGGGUCGCCGGCGAGCGGGACGCUGGCCCGCCCGAGGCCGCAGGCCGAGUUCGGGAGGCGCCUGUCUACCAGCGGCGCGCAGUUGCUCAAGCUCAUGGCGGGUGAUGGGGUCGACAACGACAGGUUCGGAAUGUCGGUGGCCGUGAGCUCCGACGGGGCCCGCGUGGUGGUGGGGGCCAUCACUAUUCAUGGCUCCGUGUACGUGCUCGACGGGGCCACCGGCGAGAGGCUGCUGAAGCUUGUGGCGAGUGAUGGGGCUGCAGACGACUGGUUCGGUUCCUCGGUGGCCGUGAGCUCCGACGGGGCCCGCGUGGUGGUGGGAAACGACUAUGACGACGACCAGGGCGACAAGUCCGGCUCCGUGUACGUGCUCGACGGGGCCACCGGCGAGACGCUGCUGAAGCCUGUGGCGAGUGAUGGGGCUGCAGACGACUGGUUCGGUUCCUCGGUGGCCGUGAGCUCCGACGGGGCCCGCGUGGUGGUGGGGGCCUUAGGUGACGACGACCAGGGCCCCAGUUCCGGCUCCGUGUACGUGCUCGACGGGUCCACCGGCGAGACGCUGCUGAAGCAUGUGGCGAGUGAUGGGGCUGCAGACGACUGGUUCGGUUCCUCGGUGGCCGUGAGCUCCGACGGGGCCCGCGUGGUGGUGGGGGCCUUAGGUGACGACGACCAGGGCCCCAGUUCCGGCUCCGUGUACGUGCUCGACGGGUCCACCGGCGAGACGCUGCUGAAGCAUGUGGCGAGUGAUGGGGCUGCAGACGACUGGUUCGGUUCCUCGGUGGCCGUGAGCUCCGACGGGGCCCGCGUGGUGGUGGGGGCCUAUGGCGACGGCUCCAGUUCCGGCUCCGUGUACGUGCUCGACGGGGCCACCGGCGAGACGCUGCUGAAGCUUGUGGCGAGUGAUGGGGCUGCAGACGACCGUUUCGGUUCCUCGGUGGCCGUGAGCUCUGACGGGGCCCGCGUGGUGGUGGGGGCCUAUGGUGACCACGACCAGGGCCCCAGUUCCGGCUCCGUGUACGUGCUCGACGGGGCCACCAGCGAGACGCUGCUGAAGCUUGUGGCGAGUGAUGGGGCCAACUUCGACUUUUUCGGUUCUUCGGUGGCCGUGAGCUCCGACGGGGCCCGCGUGGUGGUGGGGGCCUAUGGCGACGGCUCCAGUUCCGGCUCCGUGUACGUGCUCGACGGGGCCACCGGCGAGAGGCUGCUGAAGCUUGUGGCGAGUGAUGGGGCUGCAGACGACCGUUUCGGUUACUCGGUGGCCGUGAGCUCCGACGGGGCCCGCGUGGUGGUGGGGAGCAAACAUGACGACGACCAGGGCGACAGUUCCGGCUCCGACGGUACCACCUGCGAGAGGCUGCUGAAGCUUGUGGAGAGUGAGGGGGCCGAACUCGACUUGUUCGGUUCCUCGGUGGCCGUGAGCUCCGACGGGGCCUGCGUGGUGGUGGGGGCCUACUAUGACGACGACCGGGGCUACAAUUCAGGCUCCGCGUACGUGUUCGACUUCGCCGAGGACAAGAGCAACGGGGGCAAGAUCCCAGCACCCGUCUUCGAUGGCGCGAGCAAGACCAUGAAGAAGCACCGCCGAGAGGGGGCGACCUUGCUGGCCAGCCUGAAGGGCAAGGCCGAGGAAGCGUGCGAGGAGCUCGAACUCGACUCCAUCAAGGGCGACGACUCGGUGGAGGUGUUCCUGGAGUACCUCGGGAAGCGCUUUCCCGAGAUCGAGGUGCUGGAGACUCCAGCGCUGCUGGAGACCUUCGUGCGCCCGGCCUGCGUCCGGCACAAGUGCGAGGAGAUUCGCGACUACAACAACCGCUUCAACGGGAUCGCCACCAAGCUGAAGGCCAAGGGCAUCCAGGUGCCCGACGAGGUCCUGGCGGACCUGUGCAUCAAGGGGGCCCGCCUGCCCCCGGAGCGCGCGGCGAGCGUGCCCAACGGUGUGGGCCACAAGUUUAACCCUACCAAGGUCCAGGAGCAGUUGAUGAUCAACUUGCCCAAGGUAUCGGUCGUGGACGGCCACAAGGACAGCCACGACAAAGGAGGCUACGGAGGUCGCAAGAACAAGGACCACAAGCGGGCGUGCGCCACGGAGACCUACGAGGAGGAUCGUAGGGCCGAGUUCGACGGCGCGUCCUCAGACAGCUCCGACGACUACGAGGACGAGCUGCCCGACGGGCUGCAGGACGCGGUCGACGAGGCGGAGGAGCAGGUAGCCUUCUUCACCAAGAAGAUUGUGCGCGCCAAGGACAAGCUGAAGGAGGCGAAGCAGGCGCGCGGCUACUUCGCCAAGCGCGACGGCGGCAACCCGCCGAAGAGAGACGAUCCCAAGAUCGCCAAGAUGAAGGCAAGGACACACUGCGGCGCAUGUGGCCAGAAGGGCCAUUGGCGCGGUGACCCGCAGUGCCCGAAGAAGAAAGACCCUAACGCCAAGGCCGACAUCCCGAGGAAGGGAAGCAACAGGACGAACAUCGCCACGAACGAGACCAGCGACGCGCAGGGGCCUCACGUGGCGGAGAGGACGGUCGCGGCGGUCUACCAGCAGGACCAGCGGGCCGCGGCUCGCGACAGGAAGUACGGCGCGCUGCACAGCAUCGACUGGACGCAGAUGCGCCAGGCCGCCGGGCUACCCGAAGAAGUUACGGCAGCGGCGUUCUUCAUCAAUAAGGACCACCAGUGCCUGAUGGCCGCGACGAGCUCGGCGCUUAUCUACCUCUGCGUCGAGGACCUGCUGAAGGAGUCGGGGGGCGAGCUGACCUUCGACACGGCCUGCGCGCGGUGCGUCGGCGGCCUCGACUGGUACAGCGACAUCAAGAAGAGGCUGGCCGCCUUCAACAUCCAGCCCGUCGAGUACCCCGAGAAGGAGCCGUUCCGAUUCGGGGCGUCCAAGGUGGUGUUCAGCCUCAAGGCGGCGCUGAUCCCCUGUUCGGUGAACGGCAAGGCCUUCACCGUCAGCAUGAGCAUCGUGCGCAGCGCCGUGCCAGGCCUGUUCGGCCGCGAGGCCCAGAGCGAGCUGGACACAGUCUACCACGCCGGAGACAACAAGCUGGACAUCAAAUCGAUCGACGAGCACGACAUCCAGAUGGGGCCGAGCCGCGCCAGACACCCGACGCUGGACAUCGCACACUUUACGCCGAGCUACAAGCCCGUUUCGGACGUCUCGGAUACCAAGGCCGACGUUCGUCUCCACCCUUGCGCUUCUUACCGCGCUGAGACAGCUGUGGCCAGCGCCGCCAAGCCGGCGGUGCCCGAGGCUCGCCGCCAAGGGGUCGCCUCGGAGGCCGACGAGUCUCAGUCGGACACUGACUGCGACGCGCUCGAUAGCGCCGAACUGUUCGAGCAGCAGGUGCGCCAGGAGACGAGCCCGGGGAGCAGCAACCAGAACUUGCCGACGACGAGUACUGCCCGUCCCCCGGCGAUAUCCAGCAUGCGGAUGCCGGAGCUGCAGGCCGAGGUGGCAAGCUACGACUUGGAUGUGCGCGACGCCACGUGCGACCAGCUCCGGGUGAUCUUGCGCGCGCUGAGGGCCGAGGGCCGCGAGAGCACGCCGCAGGGCAACUACAUCCCGGGGCCCGGCAAGAAGAACCAGGAGGAGCUCCAGCAGCUGUGCUGGGACCGCAAGAUCGAGUUCGACCAGCGCGCGACCGUGCCGGAGCUCAGGCAGCGCCUCAAGGGCUGGAAGGUCGAGGACGCGGCCAGCAGUGCCUCGGCAACGGUGGCUCAUCCGAGCUCACAGAUCACCGGGGACGACAAGAUGCGCUUCGGCAAGUACCCCACGGCGGACUACCGCUGGGUGCUCAAGAACGACCUGGGCUACGCGCAGUGGGCGGUCCUGGAGCUCAACAGCAACCGGGCAAGCCCGCUCCUGGCGCGGUUUGCCAGGUGGGUCAAGGCGCACGGAGCGCAGCCCCUCGCCCCGGAGAAGGCCAAUACCACUUUGGAGGCAGCGAUGGCCGAGGAGGUGGUGCUGGACGACGAGUGGGUGGCGCCAGCGCCGCACGAGAUGGACACCAGCGACAUGGGCUUCGAGAAGGCUGGCGAGACCGACAGGGAGGAUCACCCGCGGCGGCCAGGCAUCAAGAAGGGCAAGCGCGUCGGCCUCCUCUACCAGGUCACGGGCUUGCUGAGCGCCUUCGCCUUUCAGACGGUGCUCACCGCGGACUGGCUGGCUAGACCUCUCAAGCCAGUGGCGCAGCAUGCUACCAGUGCUGCGCGAGACAUGGUCUACCACGUCCAGAACGUCAAGGAGGCCUACAGCGUUCGCAGCCACCGCGUGGACGUCAUGCAGGUGUUCGGAGGCGAAGGCGGCAUCACCGAGGCGGCGUGGAAGCGCCAGAUGACGGCCACAGAGGUGAUCGACCGCAAGCACGGCUGGGACUUGCGCAAGCAGAAGGACCUCGACGCGACGUACGACCUGUACUACGCCUCGAGGCCGAAGUUCGUGUCAAUCGAGCUACCCUGCGCCUACUACACGAACAUCACGCACCUCAACUUUCGGACGCCGCAGGCCAAGCAGGCGCUCCGGCGGAUCUGGAGGGCGGAGCGGCCGUUCCUUUCAUUGGCCCGCGACCUCUUCCAGUACCAGCUCGACUCUGGCGACAUGGCCAUGAUCGAGAAACCGGCCACCAGCCGGCUCUGGACACAGCGCGCGAUUUUGGAGCUACUGGCAGACGAGCGCGUGUACCAGGUGGGGUGCGACAUGUGCGAGUACGGGGCUCGACACUACAAGACGGGGGGACUCAUCAAGCACCCCGCGAAGCUGCUCGUUACCCAUAAGGAGUUCGAGCAGCUGAAGCGCACCUGCAGCCGCAAGCACCACGACCAGACCUUCGGGGACAACGUGGCGGUGCGCAAGUCUGGCUUUUAUCCUGCUAAGUUCUGCCGAGCGGUGGUACGCAUCGAGGAGCAGGGUAUUCGCCAGCAAGGUGGGCAGCGCGCCUACCAGGUGGACUGCCAGUCGCACUCGUCGCCCUUCAUCGUGACAGUGCCCAGGGAGCAGGCCGCCGCCUACGUGAACGACACCGCGCCCCUGGGAGAAACGGGCGAGCCUGAUGGGGGCCCAGACCCCAUGGGCGGCGGAGACGACUUCGCCGACACUCACGACGUGCGGGCCGAAGAUACUGUGGACGGCAGGAUCGGGGUCGGCGCGAUUACCUUCACAAAGAAAGCAGCAGCCUGCUGCAAGCCAGCCGAGCUGGCCAUGCUCAAGAGACUCCAUGUCAACUUGGGCCAUCCGUCUAAUGAAGAUUUGGGCCGCAGCUUGCGACUCAAAGGCGCUAAGUCGGCCACCGUCCAGGCCGUCAAGGGGCUGAUCUGCGGGGUGUGCCGCUCGCAGCAGCGCCCGAGCGCGAGGAGACCAGCGCACCUCCACUUCGUGCAAGAUUUUGGAGACGACGUCGGCUUCGACUGCUUCGAGCUCAAGGACGUCGACGGCAAGAGCUACUGGUACUUCAGUAUCGUCGACCUGGCCACCACCUUCCACGUCGCGACGCUGAUCGGUCGCCACACCAGCCAGGAGUUCGCCGCCGCGUUCGAGAGGUGCUGGGCCUCCUGGGCGGGCGUGCCGGACCGAGUCCAUUUCGACAUGGAGAAGGGGUUCGGCGGCGCCCUCAGCGAGCUGUUCCAGUCAUUCAACACGGUGCAGCUGCCCAUCGCCGGUCAGGCACAUUGGCAGCUCGGUCGCGUGGAACGCCAGGGAGCUUGGCGGAAGGAGCUCGCGGCGAGGACGAUCGAGCACUCGUCGAUCAGGGGCGAGGACGAGAUGCGGACGCUGGCCAUCAUGGUAUCGGGCGCGAAGAACUCGCUGAGAAGGCGAGCAGGCUUCAGCCCCGCGCAGUGGGUGCUGGGACGCGACCCCAAGAUGCCUGGAUACCUAGUCGACGAUACGGCCAACUACAGCGCCCACAGCCUCGCGGCCAAAGACGAGAAUAUUCGCCGACGAUAUGCUAUUCGGACGGCGGCGCGCGAGUCGUUCAGGAUGCAGAACGACGACCAGCUCCGGCGAGCUAUGUUGGUUCGCGCGCGCACGGUGGCGACGCCCUUGUCAGUGGGCGAGAUGUGCUACGUCUUCCGCCAGGUCAAGAAGAAGGAGCAGCGGGAGCAGCACAACCGCAACGCCAAGAAGGGCAUCUGGCGAGGGCCGUGCGUAGUCAUCGGCCACCAUGGCGAGAACACCUGGGUCUCGCUAGGAGGGCACACCAUGCUGGUGGCCCCGGAGCACAUCAAGGCACUCGCUCCGGACGACGUCUGGUUCCCGAACGGCAGGGGCGAGAUCGGUCAGGCCGUGGCCGAGCUCAACCGGGCUCGCGACUCGGUCGAACAGGAAGAGGCUCCGGUGGAGGACAUCCGCCCGGCGCCUGGCGAGCCCGAGGUCAAGCCAGACGAGAUGGAGCAGGCGUGGCGGGAAUUUAUCGACAACCCGGACGACAGCGACCUCAGGCUGAAUGUCUCCGAGGAUCCGCCCCAGCAGGAGCAGAUCCAGGUGCUGCCCGCCGACGUGCCGCAGCAAGCUGAAGAAGAGCGAACCUACGGCCCUGCCGAGUUCCGACGACGUCGAGCUACCUUCGACGGAGGGGACAGCGGCGACUUCGGCCCGGCCUUCAAGCGCCUCCAGACCGAGAGGGAGCACGCAGGCUCUGGCGCCCUGUCGGCUCCAAGACAAGUGCUGCAAACCUCCAUCGUGACCGAGAGGAUCAAGCGCAAGCAGGCCGACAAGGAGAUCCACUGGAGGGCCAUCAAGGACUCCGAUCGGGAGCUCUUCAGGGAGGCGGCCGCAAAGCAGUGGAGCGAGUGGCAGAAGUAUGGCUCUUGUCAGGUACUCUCCAUCGAGGAGUCCGAGGCGAUCAGGGGCAUGGUCAAGCUCAGCCUCAUCCUGCCCAGCCGGUUUGUGUACCGGGACAAGAACGCCCCGCUGCGGACCGACAAGCAUCCACUGCCGGUCAAGGCGAAGGCCCGACUCUGUGUCGGGGGUCACAUGGACCCGCGCCUCGCUCAGGGCGACCUGCGGACGGACGCGCCCACGGUCACCCGCAUCUCGACCAUGCUGUUCUUCACCAUCUGCCAGAGGUUCGACCUGGAGAUCUACGCGGCGGACGUGGAGGCGGCUUUCAUGCAAGGCGACGAGCAGCCCGACCAGCAGUUGUACAUGGCGGCCAUGUACAACUGCUUGGACGCAAGCGACGCAGCGCAGGAUCACGCUUG